CUCGUCGUCGUCGAGUCGAGUGGCUCGAGGAGGCCCGGUCUGGCUGUGGAGUGCCCACUUACCUUCAAGUGAAAACAUAAUUUAGUUACAGUCAAGAACUAGCUAUCAACGGUUGAAGAGCAUGUGUGAAUAUGCGCGCUUAGAAGUACUUGAUAAUAAUAACAUUAGUGUUUGAUUAAGGCGAUAUCGUUCGAGUGUCGUCGUCGUCAUCAGGUUAUCGGAAAGCGAUCGCCGCGAGUUGUGAAGAAGUGAAUAGUUGAAAAGUUAACAAAACAGUGUCGGGUGUGUUACAUUGGAAAAUCGCGCCGGAAGUUGACGCAAUUUGAAUCAAACGGUGUGAAAAGUUUGAACGCGCCGAAGUAGGCUGUGAACCAAACCAAAAAGAAAAGUGGAAAGCAAAAUUGUUUUGGGAUUGUAGUUCAGGAAAAUCAUUCAAAGUGGCCGCGGAAAAGAAAGAAGCUGGUGGUCCUCGUGCCAGCAGCCCGGACCAAAAGUCCACACCCCAGAAGCGGGAUUCAGUGACACCGCCGCCGUCUAGACGCGGAUCACCGAUCCCGAAAGCGGUGGCCACUUCGACGCCUUUAUCGGCGUCCAACAACCACAACAACAAUCGGAUACCAGCACCCGGCUGCUUGGACAGCAACAUGGCACCGACGGCGACCAACACGGCGCCGACGCCCCAGAUGCUGAACUGGGCCCCAAUUCUGUUUCCUUCGGCCUGGAAUCCCGCUCUGCUUCCGGCUUUCUAUCCAGCUGCGCUGCGAUCGCUACCGGGAUUCCUAGACAACAUGAAGCUCCCGGCGUCGCAACGGACGACGGCCCACACCGGAUCCGGAUUCCACAUCUCGGACAUUCUCGGGCACAAGGAGAAGCAUCAGAAGCUGGUUGCGGCGGCAGCAGCAGCAGCAACGGCAACCGCGACGGCCGCCGAUGAGGAAAGUGCUAGCGAAGAUGGUGGAAUCAUUCCGACGACGGUGCACCAUCACAAUCACAGCGCGGUAACGGAUAACGAUAGCAGCAGCAACCAUGGCAACAUCACACCCACCAACAGCGAUGACGAUAGCAGCAGCCACACGGAUGUGCACAGUCACCAUCACAGUCAUCUGCAUCAGCACCAUCACAGUCACCAUCACCUGCAUCAUCAGCAGUUGAGCCGGAAGUCGCAAGAGUCAUCCUCGAGCGUGGGUGGCGAUCGACAGUCGGAGCUGCUUUCGUCACCGGAAAUGCUCGAUUCGAAAGCUAGCCUCAGAUCGGCGCUGGCCGAAGAUUUGCAUGCGCGCUUUACGGCGCUACCGGUGUACCCACAUCAUCCCCAUCAUCCACUGUUUCCGGCCGCUGCGCGACCUUGGCUGUACGAAACCUGCAAUACCCUCAGUGCAUCUCAAGCACAGCAUCAACGGUUAGCUCAGCAGGUUAGUCCGGACAGUACCUCACCUGUGCACUCGGAACGGUCCUACCAUGGAGGCCUGGCCGGUUCGGCCGGAAGUGGCAUCAAUGGGCAUGGGUGUCCUCGAACGCCCAGCCCUACCGAUAGCGAGCAGCAUCACAUGAAUGCCGAUGGCAACACGGAACACUCGGACGAUGUGGAUAUCGAGGAAGGUUGCGACGAUGAGAUCGACAUGAUGGAGGACAAUGGUGACAGUCCGGCCGAUCGACUUGUUAACGGAAUGGGACACAAGAAGCGAAAGCGACGGGUUCUCUUUUCCAAGGCACAAACCUACGAACUGGAGCGUCGUUUCCGGCAGCAACGGUACCUAUCGGCUCCGGAAAGGGAACACCUUGCUUCGCUGAUCCGCCUCACUCCUACCCAGGUAAAAAUCUGGUUCCAAAACCAUCGGUACAAGACGAAGCGAGCUGCCCACGAAAAGGGCUCAAUGGAUCCGGGAGCACAUCAAGCCGGUGGCCUCCCUUCGCCGCGCCGAGUUGCCGUUCCGGUGUUGGUCCGCGACGGAAAACCUUGUCUGGCAGGAAGCAAACCUCACGAAAUGAUGGCCGCCGUUCAAGCGGCACAUUUGCAACUUCCGCCGGGUUUCCAACAUGCCAGUCUACUGCAUCACGCCGCCGCGGCCAGAUGGUGGCCCUAAUCCUCGAUCCACCUAGAAGUGUAUGAAUUGUAAAUAGUCUGUUCCUGGAUGUGUAUCACGUGCGCUAAUAGUUCAAUUUCCGGAGGGCAGUUGCCCACGGAUUUCUCGUAUAGUGUUGUAGAUGUGAAUCAAAAUCUCAGAUUUUAGCCAAUCAACAGAGAGCCGGAAAGAUAAGGUCGUCAGAUAAGAGAGUCUAUUUAAUUAUAUUUAGUUAAUUUAUAAGCAUUUUUAUGCUGCAGGGUAAAAGUUAUCUAGUUUAACGUCAUCGCGAAACUGGCAACACUGGCGCUGAAUGUUGUAAUAUGUUUACCACGCAAUAAUUUAUCUAAUCAAUCCAAUAAUGUAAAGCGUCGUCGUUCAGUUUCGAUGAACAAGCACCGUAGGUUCAAGCAUUAAACUUUUAAGAAAUAAAAUAAAAUGACAAAAACAUUCUCUAAAAACUAACACUCGUUGUACCCCUCUCAGUUGCUAAGUUAUAUCCUCCCUUAAUAUAUAAUCCAGAGACAAAAAAGCCAUAAGAAGCGAAAAAAUGGAUCAUUCUAUUCUCAACAGCAUAUAAAAUAAGUAUGUGAUACAAAGUACGCGAGGAAGAAUUAAAAUCAUCAAUAAAAAUUCUUUCAAU